AUGUCUACAAAAGGCUCGAGUCUCCGCGUCGCCCGUGUUAUUGGCAGAUGUUGCCCCAUUGGAAAACGGAGUGCCCCCGGUCCCAGUGCCCCCGGUCCCAGUGACAAUACCCAUACGCCUGCACGAGAACGUCCUGCCACUCCGUCUAUUCAUUCUACAUCAACACAGAAUGAAAACAUAGCACCAUCUUCGUCCGUAAUUAGCGGUAUUGAUCCUCCUCCUGCCCGGCAGAAGUCUACGACUAAACGUCAUUCCACUCCUACAGGAAUCAGACCUGUCAGUCACCAACAGAGAAUCGACAUUACGGGUUCCUCCAUGAAAAGCGGCAGCCCUUUAUCACCCGAACGACUACAUCGCUCUACAACAAGCCCAUCUGCUGCCAGUCCUCCUGGUUCGACCGGGACUGCUCCCAAGGAUCCUGUGACUUCUCCCACGGAUCCUGCGACUUCUACUACCGUCCCGGAUGUUAAUCCCCUUACGCCAACUAGGCGACAUCGCCUCCCUGUGAUUGUUGAUUAUGUGGAAACUCCCCGCAACAGCGCGCAGCCAACCAAUGAGUCAAUCGAUGUGGACUUUAUCUGCACUCUGCAAUACUGUAUGAUACAACUCAAUUCAGAUUCAAUUCAGAUUCAAUUCAGAUUAAGAUAG